GUGAUGGGCGUACCGCGAGUCGCUAGCACCGCGCCAGCCGAGCUCGAGCUCGGGCGAGCGAGCAACCACCUGUUCAUCGUCGACGACUCGAGAGAGGCGCGCGCGAGGGAAGCAGUGUGGCCUCCAGCAGGGCUGGAAGCCACGACCAGUGUUCAAGGCAGUUCAGUGGACUACGCAGCAGCGUUGAUGCUGGCAGCAAUGGCUGCCGUGCUGCUGGCUGCUGUGGGCUACCAGUGUGCUGCUACAUGGCGUUGGAUAAUGGGCAGGACACGGCGUGAGUCAGAAGACAGCAAUUGCGACUCCCUCUCUCGCCAAGCUGCAAUACGCAUCAGUCACUCUCUACCCGACCUGCAAACUGAGCCUUUGAAGCAGGAGUAUGUGCAGGAACAUAAGGACGCUGGCAAAAAGGUUCUCCGUCAAACGACGCUACCAAUUGUACCUGACCGUCACCAGACCUUCCAGCGUCAGCUGUCGCACCGCUUGGACCUGCCGUCCAUACAGUUCAGCAUCUGCAGCCUGGAACGAGCUGAUUCUUCCAUUGGACUUAUCAAGCCGGAACUCUACAAGAACGAACUGGUCCGUCAAUCGUCUACCGAUAGCGGCGAUUUGGAGUUCUGUGGAAAGCUGCACUUUGCCUUGAAGUACGACCAAGAAGUAGAAGCUCUUGUUGUAAAGAUAUUCGAAGCCCGCGACUUGCCCAUAAAGGAUGUAUCAGGCAGCAGUGAUCCCUACAUCAAGGUGUUCCUUCUACCAGACCGCAAGAAGAAGUUCCAGACCAAAGUGCAUCGCAAGAAUCUCAACCCUGUAUUCAAUGAAACCUUCCUGUUCAGCGUCCCAUACGAAGAGCUUCGGCAGCGCUACCUGCAGUUCUCGGUAUACGAUUUCGACCGCUUCAGCCGACACGACCUCAUAGGCCACGUGGUGUUGAAGGGCCUGCUGGAAUCCGCUGACCUUCAGCAGGAGAUCGAGUACACCAUGAACAUCCUUGCGCCGCCCCAGGAGAAGAAAGACCUUGGAGAGCUGAUGCUGUCGCUCUGCUAUUUGCCCACAGCUGGGCGACUUACUGUGACAGUCAUCAAAGGGAGGAAUCUCAAAGCGAUGGAUAUUAAUGGAUCCUCAGAUCCCUACGUGAAAAUCUGCCUCAUCUGCCAAGGCAAACGAAUAAAGAAGAAAAAGACGACGGUCAAGAAGAACACACUGAGCCCGGUGUAUAACGAAGCUCUGGUCUUCGACUUGCCAGCGGAAAACGUGUAUGACGUCACGCUACUAGUCAAAGUCAUCGAUUACGAUCUGAUUGGUCCAAACGAGCUGAUCGGCUGCACAGCAAUAGGUUCCACACUGAUCGGCAUCGGUCGCGACCACUGGCUUGAGAUGCUGGAUAACGCAAGAAAACCCGUGGCACAGUGGUAUCCUCUCAACAAGAGCCCGCCCACCAACGUCAACCUUACCAGCAAGACAAAUGAUCAACAGAGCAACGGGUUGAACUGCUUGAAUUCAAGAUGAAGGGACUAACUUCAAAGGCUAAGAUGAUUAAACAUCUACAAAAUGGCGGUUAAGUUUAGGAGAUUCUACUGGAUUUUCUCAAGAUGCCAAAGAUUUAACAGUAGGUAAAUGUGAUUAGGGGUUAUUGGUUGUAUGUCCAUUUACUGUAGAGGAGAUAUUAUUAUAAUGAAUAUUAAGUGAUAUCAAAGCGUAGCGGAUAUUUAUAAACAUGAGACAUAAUCUAUCUGUUAAAGUAGUGAAAUGGAUUUAUCCCUCAUAUUUCUAUUGUGUGCCCUCUUUUUUGAACUCGCCUGCAAAAUAUGAAGUAUUUAAUUGAUAACUAGUUUAAAAAAAUGUUUAAAAAACACGAAAAAUCUAUGUCUAUUGCGAGUAAACUUCAAACAAGAAGGCAAUUGAAUUAAUAUAAUCAAGUCCUUAGAUUCUGAUUGUUCACUUUAACAUAACUUGAAACAUGUAUACCCGAAUAAUUUAAAGUAGAAUUAGUGACUGUAUUUAAAGAAGGUUUACUUAGUAGAUAAAAAAAAACAUCGCCAUUUUUUCUAAAACCCUUUAGUCCUAUCCACUUGUUAUUAUAAUAAAAAUAUACUCUUUGGUUUUACAACACGACCCUUUUGAAUCGUAUACACGUUAUGAUAUUAUAUCAAUAUAAUAAUAUAUAUUUAUUUUUAUAUGAAAAACGCACAUUUCAAAUUCAAGACUUGAUCGUAUCAUGUACAUAAUAAUUGUAAGCUAUCAUUAUAUUAAAUGAAUGUUGUAAUAUUGUUGUCAUUUACAAGAAUAGAAACUUUAAAAUAAAUAACAUUAUACCGAACUUGCAAUUUAUAUAAUAUCAUAUCAAUUAUGUCGUCGACAUUGAAAUAUAUAAAUGAAUUUAUUCUAAAAUUUAAAAAGAGAUUUUACAAAACUUAUCAAUAAUAUACAAAUAUGUAUAGCAAGGUGUGUAACUUUUGUUAAAAAUGUCGAAUGUUACAAACAUUCUUUUAGUGUCUGACAAUAAGUAGUUGGAUUUUGCACAAGAAUAAAAUAUUAAAGAUUACUAUUUCACCUAACACUCAAAAAUAUGUCGUUUAUAUAGUUCACUAUAUCUAUUUAAGGAGAAAUUGAAGCUUUAAAUCGUGUUAAAGUAAAUAUGAUAUUUAAAUAAAAUAUAUAUUGAUCAAUACUCAAUAUGUAAUUAUGUUAAGUAUGGAUAAAUCAUACCUAUUUAUAGAGUGUCUGCUUAUCGUAGAAGAUAUUUAAAAAAAUAAGAUUCGUCUUUCUAAUCUAUACACGAAAACAGGUUCUAUCUUAAAUUGAAAUAAGAAUUUAUGUAAGGAUCUGAAUGGAUUAUAUAGUAAUAAAUUGCACGAAGCAUAUUUAUUUGUUUAAAAAAAUUAGAUUUUUAUGUAAGUACAUCUUAUUCAACUAUAAACUGGAAAAGUGGUGGUCUUCACUUAUAUAAUAAUUAGUAAGUGCAGUAACUUAGAUUUAAAUAAAUAAUUAAUUAAUCUGAUCGAACUAACAAUGACAAUCAUUUUGCCUUUCAGGAAUAUUAUUGUUUCAAAAUUAAAAAUCAAUAUUAUAUGUUCUGCUGAUUAAAUUAUUAAAUUAAUGAGUGUAGUGAUAUUAAGCAUUAUUUUUAAUUUACGUAUGAAGAAAACAAAGUAUAUAAUUUAUUUGUAAUUAAAAUUAACUUCUCCACGCCCAAACUGAGGCAAAACAUAAGUGUAUGGGUGUACCAUAAGAGUUUAAGCAUAUUAACAAAAAAAAAUUUAAUUUUAUCUUUGACGCCAUUUUGCUUGCUGAAUUUCACAUAUCAAUUUUUCAAAAUUGUUCUUAGUUAGGCAAUUUUAUAACUUCUUGCAUCAGCGUGCUGAUUAUUAAGUAAUAGAGGAUAACUGCGACUUCGCCCGCGUGGAUUUCGGUUUUAAAAUCCCGUAGGAACUCUUUGAUUUUCCGUGAUAAAAGUAAGUAGCCUAUGUCCUUC